AAAGUGCAAGUGUGUCCGGUCGUCCCCCUCUCUUUCGAGAGAGUUUUUGGCUCGCUUUUGGGUGUCUCCAUAGAGCUGGCGGAGUCGUAGGAGCCUGACUAGAGAGAGAAGCUGCUCUGUAUAGCAGGUCCGUAUCAGGUGACAACGAUAGAGAUCCACAGAACAGCACGGCACACAGAUGGCAGCACACUGUUCAGGCCCCGAAGUUUGAACAGCAUUUCUGGGGUCCAGGAAAUAAGGGUACGACGUGCUGUAUCACAACUUCAAGGCUGGAGUCAGUGCCAGUAGAGAGCUGAAUGAAUUUCUCAAGGAGAGGGUAACUGUUGAAGAUGGUUAUGUCAGGGGUCUGGCAAAACUCUCCAAGAAUGUUGCAGCUGUUCCUAGCACCUCCUUGGGGUCCCUAACUCCUCUGUGGCAAGCAGUGCAUGCAAUGUGUGAGAAUCUAACUGCAGCUCAUCUCCAGUUCAUUCAGCUCCUCCAUGACCUCUCCAGAGAAGUGUCAGAGUAUCACAUAGUCCAGAAAGACAAGAUGAAAGCUAACUUGAAAGGAGAAAUAGACGAUGCCGGAGACAGUCUGAGACUGCUAGAAACGCAGGACGCUGCUCUUCAAAGAGCUAAAAAGUUGUACACUCAGAGCGUGGAACAGUACGUGAAACAGCAAAAGAAGAUGGAAAAGGCAAAGGGGGACGCAAACCUAAAAAACAAGGCUCAGGUGGAGGGGAGACUGAAACAGGCCGAGAACUGGAUGGAAACCAUGAAGGUGGACUACAAGAUGGCUGUAGAGGCACACACCCGUCAGUUCAUGGGUUUCCAGGCCAACAUGCUGGAGGCCUCUCAGAAGUUUGGGUCACUGGAGGAGGAGCAUCUGGCUCAGAUGAUCACCUUUGUCAUGAAGAUGAGUGAGGCUCAGGAGAAUGUACACAUACUGAUAGGCAAGGCACACCAGAGACUCCACGCACAAAUGGAGUCCAACUCCGUCGAGAAGAUGCUCUGUGGCUUUGUGGAGACCAGAGGAACAGGCAGAGAUAAACCAACUCCGGAGAAGUUCAGGCCAGUGACUGAGAGAGCUCUGGCAUCGUUGGUUGGUUCCUCGCUUGAUGAGCAGAGGCACAGGACUCCUUCCAUUGACUCCCAGCAGCAGAGAGCUGUGAAGCCGGAGAAGUCCAUUCGCCAGAGGAUACGGUUCAAGAGAAAAGUGAAACCAGAAGUGGAAUCUUCAUCUGGGGACCAGAACACCUCCAAUCACACCAUCAGUGAUCCUCAGGAGGCAAUUCCAGUGGGGGAGGUGGACGAGGAGGGGUACAGUAUCCGGCCACAGGAUGCGGCUGCCAUUCGUGGUUUCCCUGACGACAAUCCACAGCAGGACAGCGACGACAGUGACUUUGAAGACGAUUUCCAGAGUAGGGUUCGGCAGGUUCAGAUAAAGGACCCCCCGCAGGACCUCCCGAAGGCCACAGUGGACGACAUCAGAGCCUCGGUCCAGACUCUGAGGCUGGGAGGAGGAGGAGGAGGGUGGUGGGAGCAACAGUCCCAGUAAUAGGAUCAGGAAGGCCACCAGCUCGCAGAGCCUUAACAAUGUACUGCACACUCCUCCUCUGGAGAGGAAAUCUCAAGACACCGGUGCCAACAGCUCCCUAGAUCCAGUGAUGUCAUCGCUAUUAGACAGUGACAUCUCCCUGUCUCCCGGAGCAGGCAUGGGAACAGUCCUCCAGCCCCUCCCUCCAGCUGGCUUUUCCUCUGACCCCAUGGAGCCUCUGCGACCGUUGGCGUGGAUACAAGAACCAACCCCUCCCCUCCUCCCCUUCCCCCUCUCUCCCCCCACCUCCUCACUCAAUGACCCGGAGAAACCAGUCCCAAAGCCUCGUCGCGUCGCCCUCAACAAAGACGAGCAAUUGGGCGUGGCUAGCUCGUCCGAGUCUCCGCCCACUAAGAACUCGGCGAGCGAGCUGGCAGGGGAGGGAGACGUUCACAUCGAGGUCCCCGCCAGUGGGUGGGGAAGCUCCUCAGACGACGAGUCAAUCAUUCCCACCAGAAUCCCGACUGUCUCAGUUAGAGAUUCGCCAUCUGCUAGAUCGGACUCUAGUGGCACCUCUUUUUCUUCAGACGCCCAAUUAGGACCCCCAUCAGUGGGGGGCGGGACAAUUUUCAGCCCCCCUCUCCCACUGAACCCUCGGAAGAACACUCGUCAACGAGGUACAACCCCCGAGGCAAACACAGCCUUAUCCCCACUAGUCCAAAGCCACACCCAUUUCGGUGCUGCUGCAACCACACCCACUUCUCCGGGACACUCACUCGUAAGCUCCACCCCUUCGACCACACCCACCAACACAACAACAGGGGCGAAAAAUCCACCGACAGGUGUACCGCUAGCCAUAGCAUUCCAGGAGACUUGUAAUGCGAUAUUCAAGAGUACGAACCCCAGCGACUGUCUUGUGAAGGUGACUGGGGAGAUGGUGGUUUCUUUCCCGGCGUCCGUAGUAGGGCAAGUGGAGAAACAGUCCCCACUCUCGUUCAGACUGAGAGACGCUGACAAGUUGAAGCAAGUCCUGCACAACCAGAUACUGCUGACCAGGGAAGGAGAUUCCUUCAGCUACAGUUUCAACACAAAGGCUCUUAGCUCCCACCUGACCACCAUGGCCGGGAAGAAAACCGCUCCAUUCUACAACAUGCAGCUCGUAAAAUACGAGGUUGAUAUUACGGAUGGCAGUCUGCUCCCUGUGAGACUAGCUGCCUACUGGAAAUGCACCGAACUCGUCACAAACUUUCGAUUCGACUACUCGUACAUCGGGUCCAACCUCCCUCCCUCGUCGAGGCCCUGCCCAUCUCUGACGCAGAUGACGGUGUGUGUCCCGGUCAAUGGAGGAGUGAGGAACACUCUCUCGAGGCCCAGCGGGAACUGGGUGGCCGACAAACAGCAGAUCACUUGGAAGAUCGGAGAGGUCCCUUCUGGAUCUAGCGACAGUGUGACCUCCAUCCAUGCCAAGUUUGAUGUGACCAGCGGACCCUCUCUGCCUCAGCCGGCGGAGGCUAGGUUUGUGUGUGACGGGUGCACGCUGUCCGGAGUGGACCUGGACGUGACCGGCUCAGACUAUAGGGUAUCACUCCUCAAGAGGAAAUUCACUUCAGGGAAGUAUGCAGCAGAGAUGAGAUACUGAUUAGACACGCCAUCACUCAACACACAGACCGCUGCAGCAUAUGAUAUAGCAUCUACUCUACACCCAUAGUGGCUCAUCUGCUAAAGAAGCUUUCUUUCAUGUCCAUUUUGAUUGGUGUAAUACUUAUACUCUAGUAAUUUGAUCACUAAAUACGAUAAUAAUACUACAGUGGUCCUGUCGGAUCGGCUAUAUUAUAGUAUUUAUGAUUGGUGGAGUACCAUAGUUUACUCAAUAAUUAUGAUUGAUAACAUACAAGAAUGGAGCUAUACAUGCGUACAUACAACACAACAUCUGUACACACAGUAUAUGUGGUAUAUACUGGCUGACUGAUUGACUGGAUGUGAUGCUGUGAACAGACUACUAUACUGAGAGUGCCUGUUGUGGUGACUGCAUGGGGCAAGGCUCAGUUUAGUUGGUUGAGACUUGGGUCUGGUGUGACGGUGGAGGGGAGCAGGAGGGGGUGGUGUGGAUGGUGACAUGAGGGAACUGUGGGGAGUGGGGAGGGGAGAUGUGAGGAAGGAACACCACGGGGGACGAAGGGGAGCUGGAUAUUUGUGGAGGGGGUCCGAGGUCUGUGAAACUUUGUGAAGAGGAGCCACAUGGGGAAGUUGGUGAUGUGGCCGAUGGGGAACGGAGGGAGGAAGAUUGUCCCUGAGCCACUCCGGACGACCCUCUGGGGAGAUUGCUGGCCCGGCCAGGAAAUUGGGCCCCCAGAUGUGAGGUGUUCGCGGCUGGAGCUGGUCGAACUGGAGCGACUGCUGGAGCCACUCCCAGCAACCCCUGAGACCAACGGACUCUCGCU